CCACCAUUUUGUUUUACAUGUCGCGUGUGAGGCCGGUGCUGGAGGAAUUCGGUUUUCUCUCCUAAACCGCAAUAAAAUCGACGAAAUUGUGUUAAUGAAGUAGAAAGUGAUAUAAAGAAAAUGGCGCGAUACGGUCAAAGACCGGAAAAUGCCCUUAAACGGGCCAAUGAGUUCAUGGAUUUGGACAAACCAGCAAGGGCCCUAGACACCUUACAGGAAGUUUUCCGUAACAAAAAAUGGGCCUACAACUGGUCCGAAUCUGUCCUAGAACCAAUCAUGUUCAAAUACUUGGAACUUUGCGUUGAUCUACGUAAAUCUCAUGUCGCAAAGGAAGGUCUGUUCCAGUACAGAAACAUGUUCCAAUCAGUUAACGUUGGGUCUUUGGAGCAGGUUAUAAGAGGCUAUCUCCGUAUGGCAGAGGAACGCACAGAAACAGCCAGGGCUUUAUCGACGCAGGCCGUCAUAGACACUGAUGAUCUGGAUAACCUUGCAACCCCGGAGAGCAUACUCCUGAGUGCAGUGUCAGGUGAAGAUGCCCAGGACCGAUCCGACAGAACAAUACUCACACCAUGGGUGAAAUUCCUUUGGGAAUCCUACUGCCAAUGCCUGGAGCUCCUUCGUACGAAUGCUCAUGUGGAAACCUUGUAUCAUGAUAUUGCUCGCAUGGCCUUCCAAUUUUGUUUAAAGUACUCGCGAAAAACAGAAUUCAGAAAGCUUUGUGAUAAACUAAGGAAACAUCUUGAAGAUAUUUGCAAACCUACAGUGCAAACUGGAAACGUUAGCAUUUCAAAACCAGAAACUCAACAGCUGAACCUCGAAACAAGACUGUUCCAGCUCGACUGUGCAAUUCAAAUGGAGUUAUGGCAGGAAGCCUAUAAAGCCAUUGAAGACAUCCACAACCUAAUGAAUAUGUCUAAAAAAACUCCAGUCGCCAAAACUAUGGCCAACUACUAUGGGAAACUGGCACUUGUUUUCUGGAAAGCUGGCCACUGCCUAUUCCAUGCUGCAGCCUUGCUGAAACUCUUCCAGCUGUACAGGGAGAUGAAGAAGAACAUCACCCAAGAGGAACUGCAGAAGAUGGCGUGUCAAGUACUGGUAGCGGUGCUGUCUGUGCCACUGCCAUCUCUACACCCUGAGCUCGAUCGCUUUGUCGAGACGGAUAAGAGCCCCGUUGAGAAGGCCCAACGUUUGGCUGUACUGCUCGGUCUUGCUCAACCACCGACCAGGGCAAGUCUUUUGAAAGAUAUCGUCCGCCUUAACGUCGUGUCGCUGGCAUCGCCUCAACUUCAACAGCUUUAUUCUUGGCUUGAAGUAGAAUUCGACCCUCUGACCAUCUGCCUUAAUGUCAAGGGCGUUAUCAAAUCUUUGCAGGAUGAGCCAAAUUCAUCGCUCGCUCAGUACACCAAUGCCCUGACGGACGUGGCCCUGGUGAGGCUGAUCCGUCAGGUGGCCCAGUGCUACGCGUGCGUGCAGUUCUCCCGGCUGCUGGAGCUGGCGGCCACCGACGACCUGUUCCAUCUGGAGCGCUUGCUCGUCGACUGCGUGCGCCACAACGACAUGCAGAUACGCAUCGAUCACGCCAACAAGUGCGUGCACUUUGGCGUAGAAGCGGGCGGCGGCGAGUGGUGCUCGGCCGCGGACGAAGCCUGCGGCGGGGCCAUCCUGCAAGCCACCCCGGCGGAACAGGUCCGCGAGCAGCUGGUCCGCGCGGCGGAGGUGCUGUCCCGCGUGGUGGGCGCGCUGUACCCGCAGCGGCGCGGCGCCGAGCGCGAGCGCGCCCGCGCCGCCAUGGUGCAGUACUACCACGAGAACAAGCAGGCCGAGCACCACCGCGUGCUGCAGCGCCACAAGAUCAUCGAGGAACGGAAGGAGUACAUCGAGCGACUCAACACCGUGCGCGAGGAGGAGGAACUCAGGCGUCAAGAGGAGCAGCUCCGCGCGGCCGCCAUCGCCGAGGCCCGUCGCUUGGAGCAGGAGCGUGAGGAGCGCGAGAAGAAGCGCCACGCGUCAGAGCUGGCCGCCAUGAGGGAGCGACACCUCAAGGAACGCAUGGCGCACAUCUCGCAGACCGCGCACGGACAAAAGAUGCUCGGAAAACUCAAUGAAGAGGAUCUUAAGAAAAUGGAUGCUGAAGCUAUUGCUCAGCGGGAAGCUGAGGAACUGAUGAAGGAACGUCGCGAGCUUCAGGCUAGACUCAAGUCGCAGGAGAAAAAGGUGGAUUACUUUGAGCGUGCCAAGCGAUUGGAAGAGAUACCACUUCUGCAGAAGAGCCUGGAAGAGAAACAGGUUCAAGACAAGGCAUUCUGGGAGCAACAGGAAAAAGAACGCAUUGAACAACUCAUAGAGGCUCGCGCCUUAGACGUGGCCACGUCGGAGCGCAUGUCCCGCAUGGCGGUCCACCGCGACGAGUUCAUGGCGCGACUUCGCUCGGAACGCGGGGCCGCCUACGCUCAAAAGGUAGCCGCUUUCAACGAGAAACUUCAAGCCGAGAAGGAAAAGAGAUUAGCUGAGAGACGCGCACAGCGAAUCGAGAAGAGAAGACAUGAGUGGAUAACAGAGAAGCGUCGCGCUGAGGAACGUGCGGCUGAGGAAGCUCGACGCAUCAAGGAAGAGGAAGAAAAGAGAGAACGGGAAGAACGAGAGAGGAAACAGCAAGAAGAAAUGGAAGCGUUGAGAGAGAAAAAAGAGAAAGAACACAAAGAGAUGUUGGCACGCGCCGAGGCCAAGGCCCGCGCCAAGGAAGCCGAGAUACAACGGAAACUGGAGGGACAACGCGCCGCCGUCCCCCCGCCCGCCACCUCCUCCAGCUGGAGACGAGGACAACCUGCCCCCACCGAACGAGACGACGCCUGGAGGGGCAAGGAAGCACCUGAUGCUGGGGAAAAGAAGUCCUCUGAUCAAUGGAGAACCAGUCGUGUCCGUGAACCCGUACGUGACGAGCGCGCUCGCAGUCCGGAACGACGCCGCGAAGAUCGUCCACCCCCCAGGGACGAGCGGCCGCCUCUUAGGGAUGAACGUCCGCCUCCCAGGGACGAAAGACCACCGCCCAGGGACGAAAGACCACCGCCCAGGGACGAUCGCCCACCACCCAGAGACGAUUGGGCUAGGGAAGACAAACGUGAAGAACGUCCACGGGAAGAUCGUUCCAGGGAAGACAGACCUGCACCGAGAGAUGAUGGUGCCUGGAGAUCAGCUAACCGAGAACCGGAUAGAGACAGACCUCGCUAUGGCGGCCGGUCCAGUGGACCCGAGACCAGCUGGCGUCGCGGACCAGCCGAGCCACGACCAGCGCCUACCGAACGCUCUGGAACCUGGCGUUCUAAGGACGCACCACCGCGCGACGAUCGGUUCAAAGAGAGAGACAGAUAUCCACCCCGCAGAGAUGAACGUGAUGGACCUAGGCGUGACGACAGAGAUGGUCCGAGACGCGAUGAUAGAGACGGUCCGAGACGCGAUGACAGAGACGGUCCCAGACGCGAUGACAGAGAUGGUCCCAGACGUGAUGAUAGGGAUGGUCCCAGGCGUGACGAUAGGGAUGGUCCCAGACGCGACGAUAGAGACGGGCCCAGACGCGACGACCGUGAUCGUCGCCCUCCGCCCCCUCGUCGCGAUGAAAAACCUCGCGAUCCUGAAAGCAGCGGUUGGCAAGAAGUGCGGCGUUGAUUUUCUUCUUCAUUUAAUUAAUACACACAAUGAAAUUGCAUCUCAUUACGUGUACGAGCCAGAUGCAAAGUCCCAUUGAACGCAAACUUAACCUCAUAUCGAAUGAUUAGCUCACACAGUGAAAACGAGACAUACUUUAAAAAAUCUAGAAUCCAGGCGUUUGAUUAUAAGCAAAACCGAAUCAGUAGUGAACAGAGUGUGUUGCAAUAAAAGUGUUGCCAUGUUAUAAAAACCGUCUUGUGUGUACACAGUAAUGUAAAUUAAAAUAAUGCGUCGUAAUUAUUUUACUUUGUUUUUCUUUUGUAUUCAAUAAAUAUUUUAUUCUUUAACGGUACAAGGGGUCAUAUAUAUACUUGCUUAUUUCGGAAAGGCAUAUUGUGUUCGUCCGAAUAUGUAUAUAAUAUCUAUUGGGAUGUUUCCAUAGCCGCUGUUUUGUUCUUUUUCGAAUACCUGUAUACUUUUUUUUUUCAUAAAUUGUCACAAAACCGAGUUAUCGCAAUUCGUAUUGUUUUCUACGUAACUAAUAAUGCCUUUUGUAUGCUUUAUUUAGUGUCAUUAACGUUCAAUAAACUAUGGUAUGUAU